GUUUUGCUGUAGAUUUUACGAUCCUAAACUUGUUGGACUCGUGCUACGAAACAAGGACCUACUACGAGAUCUCCGAUACCGGCCUGAGAUUCUCCCUAGCAGCUUACUGUUUCCUGACUGCAGCCUUCGCAGCAGCUGGAAACUCAGUAGUCCUAGUAGCCUCCAUGAAGUACAAAGCUAUAAAACUAGACCGAGUGUCCACCAUCUUGAUCAGGAACAUAGCUAUCGCUGAUCUAGCGUACUCGCUGUUGGUGAUGUUACAAGUUGGGUUGUCUCUAUCAGUGAACUCCUGGCCGUACGGUGACGGACACGAUGCUCUCUGUCACCUCUCAACCUAUCUUCAACACGCUCUAGCCUUCACUGAUAUCAACCUCAUCUGUGCUCUGAACAUUGCCAAGCUGACCUGCAUCAUGUUCCCGCUCUACGCCAGACUCAGAUCAUUCAGGAAGGGAGCUGUAAUAAGUGGUAUUGUCUGGCUGAUUGCCAACUUGUACCCACUACAAGCCCUGAAGAGAGGGGUGUACUUCGAUUACAGGUCCUACAGAUGUGCCUACGUUCACACACCUGAUUACUGGGUAUGGUUAGAUCCGGUCAACAUAUCCCUCUUCCUGCUCCUCCCCACCUGCAUCGUCUUCAUCACCACCCUCUGGUUAUUGUUCUACGUGAGGAGGAUAACAGGGGCUCACAAGCAGGCUGUGUUCACCAUGCUGCCUGUUUCUGUGGUGUUCUGUCUGUCUUAUGCUCCUAUUGGAGGGUACUUUGUAGCAGAGAAGUGGAUUAUAGAGAACGCUGGCCAGGAACUUUAUAAGGACCGGCUUUAUACGAGUCUGUACAGAUACGGCAUGUUGAUCAAGUUCAUCAACAACAGUGCCAAUCCAAUCAUUUACUUCUUUACUGUUCAGAGUUUUAGGACUUUUGUAAUGCAGAAAAUAUUCAGAGUUAAAUCGGCUGAUUUGAGCAGAACGAUGACUCGAAUGACUCGAGUGGAUAACAGUACAAGAUUCUCAAGACAAUUAACCAAUAUAAAUAUCUCAUUACCUGCUACACAGAGGCUUUCACGGCAGGUCACCAGUGUAAAUAAUCUGGGGAUUGUUACAAAACCUAUCGUAACCACGGUAACUGAGGGAAACUAA